ACUCGUUUUCCCACAUGUCGAAAGGCAUAUUUAUUACUCUUUUACAAGCUAAAAGCUCAAGUGAGCGAUCUAUGGGCAUCUUGCAGUUUACCAACACGACAAUGGCCGAAUUGUCCCUAUAAAAUAUUUUUUAUUGGCUCAUGUACAUCUAAACCUGCCAUGUCUUUGGUUUUAAAAAUGGCGUAUACAAGCUUUUUGUUUGCCGGUUUACGCUGUUAAAUGAAUAGUUUUCGAGACCCUGUGCGUAUUCCAGCGACACGUAAACGUCGUGAAUAUGAGAAUAAAGUACAUGUGCAGGUACAAUAAUUUGCACCAUGGAUCCGUGAACAAGUUUUCUUAGCGUUAUGGUGAAUUAGAAUGGUGCCUGUGGUUUGUCAAGCUCGCACGUCGACAGGUUACCCGUUCGAAACGUAAAUAUCAUCCAGCGAGCGUUUUGUAUUUCAGAUAUGACAGUGUCGCUAAAGAGUAGAUAAUGGAGAGUUCGGAAGACGAUGCGGGCGCCGCGACGAUCGCUUCCCGCCGCGUAUCGGCGCGGGAAAAGGACGUCGGGCGGAUCGAGGACGUCAAUGCAACUGGUAGUUUUCAUCAAGAUCCAUCGGAACCGAGAACGUGUUGCCAAACCCCCGCCAUGUCCGAGGACAACUUCGACGGUGACAGCGUCCCGUCGCCGUCCUCUCACGACGUCAACACGAGCACGGAAGCGAUCCUGGACAUGAUCGACGAGAUCGUGGACGGGCCCGGGGCGCCCAAGCGACUCCCGCUGGCCGCGGAGAACAACACCGACAGCAGGUUCGCUGGUGGCGGAGAUCGCUGUGACAAAACAAACGAUGUUAAACCCGAUGACACUACUGCACCAUCUCCAAAUUUAGUCUCUGCCACAAGUGCCAAAAGUGAAGAAAAUCAAAGUGUAAACUCAAGUUCACUCAGUGCACAGGCCUUGCAAAGUGAUAUGAUACAUCUACAAACAACUCCAGGUGAUGUUUUGACAGAUUCUAACACCCCUUGUAUCAAUGUUACCGUUGACUUGAAUAUAUCGCAAAGUGAUGUUUUGGUGGACUCACAGACACCUCCGAGUGACAUUCCGGUAUCUCAAAGUGAAAUAAGUGCAACGGAGCAGAUGCCACCAAGUGAAGUGUAUGUGACACAGCAGAUACCACAAAGUGAGGUUUGUGCAGUGCAAAUUCCAGAUAGUCAAACAUGUGUAGGCGGACCAGUAUCUCAAAGUGAAUUGUGCACGUCAGUACUAACAUCUCACUGUGAAAGAAGUGCUGAAGUACUGACAUCAGAAAGUGCAGAUUCACAAUCAAAAAGUAAAGUAUGCACAACAGUACAAUCAUCUGAAAGUGAAACAUGUUUAACGGAGCAAAUAUCUCAAAGUGAAUGUGCUACAAUAGGGUCCGAAGCCUGUGCAAAAGCACAGACAACACACAGUGAAGUAAGUGAAACAGUACAGAUAUCUAAAAGUGAAGCAUGUAUACCAGCACAGACAUCACACAGCGAAGAAAAUACAGAAGAAUCAACAUCUAAGAGUGAAGUGAUUAUUAAAGCUCAGACUUCACAAAGUGAUUUUUGUAUGACAAUACAGACAUCACAAAGUGAAUUCUGCACAAAUACACAGACAUUGCAGAGUGCAGAUGUGCAGACGUCACACAAUAGCGAACCAAGUGAGGAAGUUCCGACAUCUCACGGUGAAGGAAGCAUAACAGCACAGGAAUUGCACAGUGAAGUAAGUGCAGAAGUGCAGACUUCGGACUGUGAAGUAAGUGAAGUGAAGACAUUAAAAAGUAAAGCCAGUUUGGCUGAACAGACAACUCAAAAUGAUGUAUGUACAACUGUGCAGACAUCAGAAAGCAUGACAUCAGAAGUAUGCACAACAGCACCAAUGUUACACAGUCAGGACAGUGCAGAAGUUGAGAACUCCCACAGUGUAACAAGUGAAGGAACACACACCUCACACAGUGAAACAAGUGAAAAAGUGCAGACUUCACACUGCGAAGUAAGCGCUGCAGUGCCGAUAUCUGAAAGUGAAACUUGUGUAACUGAGCAGACACCUCAAAGUGAAACAAGUGAUGGAACACACACCUCACACAGUGAAACAAGUGAAGAAGUGCAGACUUCACACUGCGAAGUAAGUGCUGCAGUGCCGAUAUUUGAAAGUGAAACUUGUGUAACAGAUCAGACACCUCAAAGUGAAACAAGUGAUGGAACACACACCUCACACAGUGAAACAAGUGAAGAAGUGCAGACUUCACACUGCGAAGUAAGUGCUGCAGUGCCGAUAUCUGAAAGUGAAACUUGUGUAACAGAUCAGACACCUCAAAGUGAAACAAGUGAUGGAACUCACACCUCACACAGUGAAACAAGUGAAGAAGUGCAGACUUCACACUGCGAAGUAAGCGCUGCAGUGCCAAUAUCUGAAAGUGAAACUUGUGUAACAGAGCAGACACCUCAAAGUGAAUUAUGUACAACAGUGCAAGCAUCACCACAUAGUGAAGUUAGUGCAGAAGCACAGAUAUCUGAAAGUAAAGUUUAUGCUGCAGAGCAGACAUCCCAAAAUGAAGAAUGCCUACCAGCACAGAUAUUACAUAGUGAAAUAAGUGCAGAAGUAGAAACUUUAUACAGUGAACAAAAUGCAGAAGCACAGACAUCUAAAAGUGAAGCUUGUGUCAAAGAGCAGACAUCUCAAAGUGAACAAAGUGCAGAAGCACAGACAUCUAAAAGUGAAGCUUGUGUAAAAGAGCAGACAUCUCAAAGUGACGCAUCUCAGAGUGAACAAAGUGCAGAAGCACAGACAUCUAAAAGUGAAGCUUGUGUAAAAGAGCAAACAUCUCAAAGUGAAGCAUUCACUCCAGUGCAGACAUCCCACAGUGAAGUGACUGAUUCCGUGCAGACAUUUAAAAUGGAAGCCUGUAUGGAUGUGGAGGCUUCUAAAAGUGAAGUUUUACCUGAAGUACAGUCAUCUCAAAGUGAAGCUUCGGCAGAAGUGAAAGUGAGUAGUGUUGAAUUGCCACAACAAAGUGUGCCUGUACUUGAUAACAAUGACUUAAGAGUAUCAUUGGAUACAGAAAAAAGUACAGUAUCAUGUUCGGAAGAUCCGAGCGAUAGCCCUCUAGCAAAUAUUCCUUCCAGCAGUGUUAUACAAACUGAGCAAAGUGUGUUACAGACUGAAAGUGCCACAUAUGAACGGACACUAAAAUUUGUUACGUCUAGUGAUAAUCGGGACAAUGUUACUGUAGAAAGUGCAGAAUCAACAUCAAGUGACAGUAGUGUAAGUGAAAGAAGUAGAAUACCUAUUGUGGAGAAUGUGACGAGAUCACCCUUGCGCCGCCCACUCGUGCGACCAGCACCUAAUCGACCGGACUCUACUGUUUCCUCAACAGUAGAUUCAAGUAAUAACGUCUUCAAGUCUGAACAAGCUAGGGAAAGUCUUGUCAAAGACGUAUCUAGCUCUUCAGACGCUGUACCUUCUGUGCAUGGUAAUGCUAAGCCAGAAGAGAUAAGAAACAUUAGUGCAGUUAGUAUCUGUAAAGCAGAAACAUCAAGCAGCCCAACUAAAAGAAUCAAACUUAUAAGAAAAAAAAUUGUGCCUCAAACAAGCCAUAUACAACCUGAGAAAAGGAUUGAGGCACCACCUAAGCCCAUAAAACGUGAACAGUGUCAAUCAACAUCAACUGAGACAGCUGCUGCAAAGCCUUCUGAAGAGCGUGUUACUGAGCAUACAACAGAAGCAAUAUUGAAUGUCCCUCAAAGUGAUGCCACAUCACAUGUACAAGAUAGCCCAAUAGUACCCAUUCAAGAUUCAAUUUCUGAAAGAUUGUUAUCUAAUGAUUUGCCAGGCCCAGCAGAGCAGAACAUUGCAGAACCCAUACAAGAGAACCUUGCCAACAGAUCUCAAGCUAUUGAAGUAUGCACAAUUCCUCCCAAAAUAGAUUCCCCAGAGAAAGAAGAGGUAGAGACCCAAAAAAAAUUGCCUCCACUCAAAAUUAAUCUAUCUGCAGCAAAUAAACUGGAAUCUGUUGAUACAACGUUAAAUACGGAAAGAGAAAAUAGUGACAGUAGUUGUAGUAAUAUUAUUGUAGAGGAAUCUGAAUCGCUAAAACAGGUCCCUAAACUAACAAUCAAAUUAAGUAGUAAACACUCUGAUGAAAUAAAAUCUCCUGUACCAAAAUUAACAAUAAAACCUAUUAAGCCUCCACCAGAAAAAGAGCUUCAGGCUGAGGAGAAUGCUAAAGAGCAAAUACCUCAUGUUACUAAAUUAAAUAUCAAACCAAUUACCAAACAACCAGAAAAAAUAAAUGAGAGUCAUAGAAAAUCUAGUAGCAGUGAAAUAUCAGAAUCAGAAUAUUCUGAAAAUGAUGAAAGUACUAGUACAUCAGAUCAAGCUUCUGCCUCAGAUCAGGGACCAUCAGAUGUAGUUCCUAAAGUGACAAUCAAAUUAGGUAAACCAGGAACUGAAUCAGAGGGUCAAUUUUAUACUGAGAAAAAUAUACCUAAGCUAACAAUAAAAGCAAUUCAAAAUUGUGAAUAUGAAGAGCAACUAUCUCCAUCGAAAUUAAAAGUUUUUAUUAGUCAAUCAGAAAAUAUACAGGCAGAUAAGAUACCUAAAUUGACUAUAAAAACAGUAACAAAAUGUGAAAGUCAACCUCUUAGUCCAAAGCUAACCAUAAAACCCAUAAAACCUCCAGAACAUAUGCUUGAAGAUAUUGUUGUUGAACAUGUUCAUUCACAAGAAAUACCAAAAUUAAAAAUAUCUACUGAAACAUCAAGUACCAAUGCUGUAAUAAGAAAUUUAAUACACACAGCUCCAAAAGCUUUAGAUUCUGUGACUAGUAAAUCCACCAAAACGGUUAGUAAGUCUGAACAUGAAACUACAAGUAAAAGUAAAAAAUCAGUACCUUAUGAAAAUUCUGAUAAUAUUCCUGUUGUUACAAAAUUAAAUAUUAAGCCCUUAACAAAACCUUCAGACAGCACUGAUCUAUCUGAGGGCAUAGAUGAUAAAGUUCCUGUAGUUUCAAAAUUAAAUAUUAAACCCAUAGUAAAGUCUAAGGAUAGUGAAGUAGAUUAUAGUAAAGAUGAUGUACCUAAGAUUACGAAAUUAAAUAUAAAGCCCCUAAAAAGCCCUGAAACAAAUUCUUCUGAAGAAAAAGACUGUGAUGAUUUAAAAGCUGAUAUAGAUGGAAAUAGUAUACCUGUUAUUACUAAGCUUAAUAUUAAGCCUAUUGUUAAGCCGCUAGAUGAAGAUACUUUAAAAGAUAAUGAGAACCAAUCCUCUGAAACUGGUAAUUCAAGUGACGAUAAUACUUACAUACCGUUUGUUACGAAAAUAAAUAUUAAACCCAUAUGCAAACCAAAUGACACACUAGAAUCAGGACCAAGUAUUAAGAAAGAAGAAAAUAUUCCAGUUAUUACCAAAUUAAAUAUUAAACCGUUAGUAAAACCUGAAGAAUGCACAGCUCCAAAAUCUCCCAAAAAAGAGCUCUUAAAAAGUUCUCCUAUGAGUAUCCCUACAGUAACAAAACUGAAUAUAAAACCUGUAAUCAAACCAGAAGAAAUAAAACAAAAAGAUACUUCUGAUGAUGUUGAAGAAACUUCAUCAAAAAAUCCUCCUUUAGUAAUGAAAAUUAAUAGGAAAACUGUUGAGUCCUAUGUUAAUGAUAACCAAUACAUCAUUGAUAAAAAGUCCGAACAUGAGCAUUGUAAUAACAUCAGUGUUGAAUGCAUUCCUGUUGUCUCUAAAAUUAAUAUAAAACCCAUAGUGAAGCCUUCAAGCACAGAUAUUUCUGAGAAGAAAAAUGCAUCAGAUGUAAAUUGUAAAAUAAGUUUAGGAAAAAUAAACCAGCUAGAAGUAAGCGAAUCCAAACACCCUGAAAAUAUAGAACAAUUAGAGGAAAAACAAAAUUGUAUAUCUCAAUUAAAUACUAAAGAAGAAAAGUUGGCUGUUAGUAAAGAAGAGAAAUUACUGGUAAUUAAAGAAACAGUACCAGAGUGUACUGAUACAGAACAAGUUACAUAUGAAACAAAAGCCACUAUGACAGAUUUUCCAUCUAAAUCAUCACUGAAACAUUCGAAAAGAACAACCGGAAAUGAAGAAAUUAGAAAAGAUUCAUGUAAUGCAAAAGCGAAUUCGCAAAUAGAUACUGUCUCAAGUGAACCAUCAAAAACACCACCUGAAAAACCUACAAGAAGUAAAAACUUGUCCACAAGGCAAAACUGUAUGUUACUAAAGAAAUUAUUAGAAACUCGGAAAGAAAAGUCUUCAGAAGAAGAUGUAGCAAAUCAAACAAAUAUUCAUAAGUCUACAUCUAUUCAUACAAAUGAAGCCACAAAAUCUCCCAAAAACGUAAAUAUUAAAACUGAUUUACUAAAAGAAAAAAAUAGUCCAGACAUUAAACAUGAUGUAGCUGAAAGUAGUCAAACUAAUGACAUCAGCUGUAAUAUAGGGUCAUUAAAAGUGCGCUCGAUGCAAGAACUAUGUAAAGAAGCAGAUGAAAAUGUGACAAAACCAUUAGAAAUUAAUGUAUCUGACAAAGUUUCACAACACAAUCCAGAUCAAGAUUCGCCAAGAAUAAUUCUAAAAAUUAACAAAACAGAGCAAGGUGCAUCAGCUAAGAUUAUAACAGAGGAACCCAAAAAGUCUGAACAGUCUGUUUCUAGUGAAAAAGCACAAAAAUUGGAGAAUGACGUCCUACAAAAGAAAACUGUAUUGAAUAGUAGAAAAAAGCCUCAUAUUGACACUCCAAUGCCAAUGGGCAAAAGGUUACGAAGUUCUAGAAUUUUACAGUCUUCAGAAAAAUCUGAAUCAUUAAGGCGAAAUAUUGUUAAUAAAAGACCUUCCACUACUGAAUCAAGCCCUCCAAAAAGCAAGCCAGAAUCUGAGCUGUCAGUUCUUGAAACCAAAAGAUUAAAACUUGGACAAAUUCUGUCUAACAAAUCUCUUACUAUCACACCAAUAGUUGCCAGAGCUGCUCAAAACUCACCACCCACAAAAUCUUCCGAAACAAAACAAGGCGUAAAACACCAUUCUAUUAUGAAUAACGAAAAUUGUGCAAAGAAUGGGAGCUCCAAGUUACAUAAUAUUUUAUCUAAUCUACAGGCAAAACAGUUGCAAGCUAUGCCUUUUAAUGAUCUAAACCAUACGGAAAAUAGCCAAAGUUCAAGUCCAGAUUUGAAAUCGACUACAUCAACAGAUAGCCCAGAAAUAAUAACUGAAGGUUUGAUCAUUGAAAAAUCUGCACCUGAGGUUCAAAUUAUUUUUAACGACAACUCUGAAUCUCGCGAUUUUAGUAUUGGAUCUGAAGAAAUAGCACAGGACCCUUUGCAAGUUGAUAAUUUGAAACCUAAUGAUGUUGUCCAGGAUGAUGUUCCUAAAUUAGUAGAAAUGACACCCCAGCCGAAAAAGCGAGGUCGUCCCCGAAAAAUUCCUUUGUCAGAAGGUGCGAAACCAGUCGUAACAUUGCCAGUUCCGGCACUGGAGGAGAGACCGCAGCGAUCGCUUCGAUUAUCAAGGGAACGACCAAUAAUACUGUCGAAACCGCGAGGCCGAGGCCGCGGCAGGGGGCGGCGUAUCGAGACGGAACCCAACCCGUCCCCGCCUCCCGAGCCCGUCGAGGAGACUUCCAACAAGAUUUUCAUUGAACAAAAAUCAGAGGAGGAGAUAGACCCCACCAGCUCCCGCAUCAAACUGCCACGAAUGACGGAGGCGUUAGAUAAAAUGCCGUCCGUUUGCUCGACACCGUUAUCAAGUAGAAGACGGUCUUCGCCUAUCGAUUUAAAAAUGUUCGCUGUUCAAGACUUGAAGGUUAUGGUGGAGCAAACACCGCUUCCGAAAAUGGAGGAUCCGUUUUUAAAGUCACCCGUAAUAGUGAGUGAGAUGCGGGGGCGUGGCAGUCGAGGGGGGCGUGGCAGCCGCGGCGGGCGUGGGCGUGGCGGGCGCGGCGCGCGGGGACGGGGGCGCGGCCGCGGCGGCGGUCGGGGCGCUAUGUAUAUGAAGGAAACCAUGGGUAUAUAUGGGAGGGUUUGUGGCCCCGCGACCACCACAGUGCAACUGUUUGAAGAAGAAACCUGCAUGAUGGAUGAUAAUGCUACACCUGCCAAGCCCUCACACUUAUUGGAUGAAGAUUCUCAGAGUUCUGUAAAAAGUUCUACCAAUGAUAGUAAUAAAAUGAGAAAAUCUAAGUUUGCAGAUUUGUUUGAUAGUAACAAAGUAUGGACGGCGGCCGAUGUCAAGGAGUAUACAUGGCCGCCACCUGAAAGAGCUGAUGGAGAGAAACAGGUGAUGAUGAUACAGGAGCAAGUGGCAAUGUUUCUAGGGGUGAAAAGCUUUAAAAGACGAUAUCCUGAACUGAAGAGGCGAACCGUAUCUGCAGAGGAGAGAGACUAUGUGCUGAGCAAAGGGUUGGUCACUGAAGCACUCUGUGAUCUUGGUAUAACUGCAGUAGACGCGAGCGAAGUCCUAGAUAUAAUGCUCUCAGACUAUCCGCAUAAAUACGAAGAGUACCGGAGCCACCAGCGGGAGAGGCAACUCGCGGAACCUGAAGAGGUGGUGGAAGAAGUCAAACCUGAAGUGAAGACAACUGAUAAAGUAGAAACGAAAGAACAAAAACCUGAACUACCGAAGGUCGAUCCGGAAAAACUCAGACAAGAAAUGGCAGCGGCGGCAAUCGCAUCUGCGAGUGAGUGGAACGCGCGGCUGAACGCGAUGCGACGGCCCGCCUGCGCUGACCUGCAGUCGCUCACCGUGCAGCGCCGCCGGCCGCCGCGCACUGCGCCGCCCGCAGUGCGCGUGGAGCCGCCCGCCGGCUUCUACCCGCACGCGCUGCUGCCCGGCCAGUACCAGCACUGCUAUCGGCUCUACACGCCCGAGGAGCUGCGGUACUUCCCCCUAAACACAGCGUUGGCCGCGCCGCCCGCGCCGCCUUCGCCCGUGGAAUCCAGCUCAGAGUCUGAGCCGGAGUGGGGCUCGCGAUGCUCCUCCACCGACAACUCGGACACGGAGACGCAUCGGAAUGCCAAACGGAAAAAGAUAACAAAAACGAAGCGCAGCAGUCAGACGGAAGCGUCCAACUCCGCCACCAGCCUCAAGGAGGAGGAAGUGGUGGACACGUGCCGCGUGUGCAAGCUGCGGCUCGAGGCCAACCGCAAGUACACGCACGAGCGCUUCCUCGUCUGCGCCAACUGCAACGCCAAGCUACACCCAUCAUGCGUAGAACUAAGCCCGGAUACGAUCCGGAAGUGUCGGGAGUACGCGUGGCAGUGCGCCGAGUGCAAAACCUGCUGCGGCUGUUCCCGGCCCGCGGACGACGACAAAAUGCUGUUCUGUGACCUGUGCGACCGCGGCUUCCACAUCUACUGCGUGGGCUUGCAAGCCGUGCCUAAUGGCCGGUGGCACUGUGUCGAAUGUGCAAUCUGUAAAUCGUGCGGCGCGCGAGACCCUAGCGGGGCGGGCGGCAGUGCAGCGGGCCCCUCGGGAACGCCGGGGACACCCAGCACGUCGGGAGGUGCUGGUACCCCAGGGGGUGUCGGUACCCCGGGGGGUGCUGGUACCCCAGGGGGCGGCGGGACCCCGGGGGGUAUGGGCAGUGUGAGCUCGGAGGGCGCGGAGUGGCACCACCAGACGCGGCGCGGGCCGGGUGGGCACAAAGUCUACUCGCAUUCGCUUUGCACGCCGUGCGCGAGGGCGUAUCGCAUCGGUCGCUACUGCCCGCUGUGUGAGCGCUCCUUCAUCGGGCCCAAGGGGACCAUGCAGCUCGUCAUUUGUAAGCUCUGCGAUAGGCAACUGCAUCAAGAGUGCGUUAAGGCGACGGUGGCGCGGCUCAACGUGCUGGACUACACGUGCGGCGAGUGCCGGCGCGGCGGCAUCACGUCGCGCGCCGCCGCCGUGCGCCUCGCGCCGCGCACCAUCGCCACGCUGUUCAUGGCCAAGCGCCGCUUCAACAAGUACGCGCACCGCCAGUACCUGCAGUCGCGCCGGCAGCGCCUCCCGGACAACAGCCGCUCCGACGACGAGCUCGCCGACGACGCCUGCGACCCGCUCGACGUCGAAGCGCCCGACCCGUGAACCCCCCCGCCCCCGCCCCCGCGCGCAUACUUAUCGGUGUAUAGUUUUCGAACUGUGUAAUAUAUCUAGCUGUUAUUAGUUCGUAAUGUAUAACUCUUAUCCGCUUCGGUAAUACGGCCGUGAGGUAUAAACUGUUGCAUAAAUCUGAUUAAUAUAACGAUUAACUAGUAGGCUAUGUAUAGGUAAGUCGGAUAGCGAGGAGAUGUCCGGUGGUGUCUUCUUCGCGUAUAAAUUAACGUCUAAAGUGGUUAGAUAGCUGUAGUGAGCGGUUCACUAACGACAUAAACUGUACAGUAAUUUAAUACUAACUUCACUAUAUGGGUAGCUGGGCAAUCAUACUAUUUUAAUAUUAAUUUUUUUAAAGUUAGCGAGACGAAUCGUGUAUGCAUCCCCGUGUUAUUUAUGUCGAGUGGAGUAAUAGGGUACGAGAGAUCGAGUAGUGUGGUGUUGUUUUCCGUUACGAGCGUUGAUUUCAUCGAAGCUGACAUUACUGUUUACACGAGUGCGAUUUAUGGAAGAAAGUGUCUUACAAGAAUGUUUUCUCUGCAAACAAUUUCUCGAAACUAAACAAUAAACUGUAUAUUAUAAAAAUCUGCCUUUUAAUGCAUUUGUAAUGCAAUAUCUUCGUAGACAAUGAGAUAAACGAUUGGACGGACGUUUUUCUCGAAAGAUUAAUUUGAAAAGAAGACAGUGCGCAUUUUCUUUUUGAAUUUAGGUUAAUUUUAGAGUAUUGUUAAUUUUGCUUAAUAAGGUAUUUAUUUUAGUUAUACUUUUAUAUGGAUACAACUGUAUACAACAUAUACCCGUAUCAUUAUUCAUAUGUAUUAUUAUAGUAUAUUCGAGGAGACGCGAAAGUUAAAAAUGAACAUAUUUCAGUUGGAAGUUACUGUGAUGUCCGAUAUGAAUUUACUUAUGAAUAAAUUUAAAUUAAAAAAAAAAAAGAAUUUAUCCGACUCCUGAAAACUGAGUACUGGUUAAUUUACUGUUUGAACGUUGUUGCUUUAUUACUAGGUUGUUAGGUUUUUUAGUUUAAUUGAACGAGUGAAAUUCAGCAGCUCUUCUUCCAAGUGACGAUUUAUAUUAUUUUACUCAUUCAAGGCAAAGUACUAGAUCUUGUUAUAGAGAUUUUAUUGUGUAUUUUUUACAUUUCUGUCUAAAGAUGUGUUCCUUAGCAUCAAAAACGAUUUGAGUAUUUUUGUGUUAGUGCCACUUAGAUCUAGCAUUUUGUCUUCAUUUCAAAGUACAAAACAUAGGCUACCUUUAUCUGCUAAUUUAUUUACUAUCGCCCCAGAACUUGUAUAAGCGCAAUAAAUAAAGUUUAUUAACAGAUUAUUAAAUUAUAUAUCGAAGAGUAUAAUAUUAUUUAGUUUUCCUUAUAAAGAAAUUAUUUAUUCUAUCGUGGAUCAUAUACUUAGUAUUACUUACAUAGAGGAUUUUAGGCGCUUCCAAUUUCUCGGGCGAUGUUCAAGAUUUAUCAAUACAUCUAUAUUUUCUAAUUUUUUAGUGUUCAGUGAAACGGUGCAUUAUUUUGAUGUACGUAAGGGUUACUUUUUUUUUAAAGCAAUAUGUAUGGUUGUUCGUUACGCCAUUUAGUUAAAAAAUAUUUCAUAUACUUUUAAUUUAAUCUCUAAAGUCUAAACAACAGACUGUCAUAUAGGCCACAAUUCAUGUUUGUAUAGAAAAUCAAUGUUUGAGAUUGAGUCAUGUUGAUACAAUCAUUUCUAAUGGAUUCUACAUCACUAUUGUCUAUUGGGCGUUUUGGUAUAACAGUAAAACAAUGUUCUGCAGCCAUUGUUCUAUGAGUUCUAUCAAAUAGAGACAAAAGUUUUGAUCAUGGUUCAAUUUCCUUUUAACUUAAAACAAGAAUAUCGUGGCAUUUGGUAUGUUGAUUGAAUAUUAUGACAGACAAGUAUGUGUAGUUUUUUUGUUUUAUACCGUCGCAACGCAAUCUGGCAUCCGUGUAAGCAUUGUUUCAAGUGAAUACGUCUUCUGUACUUACGUUCCCUGCGCGCUAUCGCCUUCAACCACUGCUGAGUGCAAUUGUCCCAAUAUGUUGUGUAUUAUACCUUGUAUUAGAGAUAUAAUCAGUAACUUCAACUAAUACUGAUUAAGUGUAAUGUAUCGGAGUUUAGUUUAUAAUUAUGCUUUCUUUAUUAUUAAUCAUAAUUUACUUAGUGACAAUUUUUAAGAUAUGUCAACAGAUAAUUUCGUCAAAUCAUGUAACUUUUUUAUGAUAUACACAACUGGUUCUGGUGUGUUUACGCACACCUUAAAAUUGCAUUGCUUUAUUGACACAGGUGAAUAAGACUUACUUGUAAGUGAAAUAAUUAUAACUUUUAUGUCUACUUAAUGCAAGUGUAAACGUUCUAGAAAUCUCGCACUGUUCGGUCAAUUUUGUAAAAAAAAAUAAAGUAAAUUUAAUUUGA